AUGAGAGAAAUUGAAGAGAUUUUGGACCGGCUUGAGCCAGAUACUAACACCCGGGCCGCCCCGUCCGAAGGUAAGCAGCUUUCCGUCAUUAAUGCAUCGUUGCCUUGCCGAACCUCCGAACUCACAUCUGAAUCGCGUACGGCAGAGGUGGAGGGCUUGCUUGCCCAAUUAAGGGCUUUCACUGCCACUUCCCAGCAGCUGGGCGCACUUUUUACAAAGCGUGCUCUAUCUAUUCUGUGUUUCUAUGGGUUUGACGAUGCCUCCCCCGCCACUACACGCCGUCUCGCCUUACGGUGUCUAUGCAAUGUCCUGUUACUGUCGGUGCCCACGAGGCAGAUUUUUGUUGACGAAAAUUGCCCGAAAAAAGCCAUAGAGCUGUUAAAGAGUGACCACCCAGAUGAUGAAUUACUUGCAGCAAGGCAACUUCUUCUAUGCACUUAUAGAACCUCUCUAGACUUCGACACGCUUAUUACCACAGGGGGUAUUGCGGAAGCUCUCAACUCCCGGAUAUCGUACCACGCGGCUCGAAUUUCAGCCACAGAAGAAAAGACUUCUUCCCCAGAUACUAAUAUUGCUGCAUUGAACGAGAGUCUGAAGUUGUUUUGUAACCUGGCCGCACAAUACCCGCAACAUUCUCAGGCUUUUCUUCGAUCUUUCAGCCCUAUUCUGAGCAUUCUCAAUACUAUUUUCAUACCUGCACCGCCGCUGGAGCCCCCGGUAUCGUUGCUCAUUAAUUGUCUUGUUGUACUCAACAUCUCGGGCCAAAAUACGGAGCUUGUACGAAACUCUCUAUUCCCGGAGUCUGAUAACGUCUGUUUAGACCGACUGGUACAUCUCCUUGACGUGACAACAACCUCUUAUGGACAUGAAGAGCUGAAUGAGCGAGGGUCACCCCUCGUGCAACUUCUCCUUCGUAUCGCAGAAAUCGCGCCUUCUGGACCUAAGGCUCAUUUAAAGAGUCUGCUAUUGCCUUCGGAGAAUGAUAGAGAGGGAGUUCUGGGAACGGGUGAUUCGUUACCAGCAAGGUUGCUAAGACUUUCUACUGAAAUAUCAUUAAAUCAUCUACGACUGCUUAUUCCAUCGCUUCUCUUUGAGCUUUCUGACAAAGAUGAACGCCAGUUUUCACACAAUAUCGGCUAUGGAUAUGCAUCAGGGCUUCUGCUGUCUCUCGGGAAGUCUCUAUCGCCCGACGACCCGAAGGCGAGUGCUUCGAGUGAAGCCGCUACGGGUUCAGAUAUCAAUCCUGUUACAGGCCAGAAGAUUGAAUGGGAACAAGAAGUAAAUAUGCCAGAGAUGACUGAUGAAGAGAAGGAACGCGAGGCAGAAAGACUCUUUGUUCUUUUUGAAAGGUUACGAGCGACUGGCGUUGUAGAUGUCGAGAAUCCUGUCGCUCGGGCUGCGCAGGAUGGGAGAUUCGAAGAAAUUGAGUAA